AUGUCUGACAGUCAAGCAAGCUCUGAGGUCGCUGAGGCAUCAGCAUACAUUUCCUCACUAAUUACCGAAAGUCGAAUCGGACUAGCGAUCGCAGCCUUGGUCCUGUACGAGUACAUCAUCACAUUCGGCGAUGAGGUGAACUUGUUCUGGAUGCGAAAGAAGACCGGCGCAUCCUGGCUAUUCUUCAUCGUCCGCUACCUCGCUAUGUUGUUCUACGUCUUUCUCACCGCCGUGGCUUACGCACCGAUCUGCGACCUUUUCCAGAAGGUGAACCUUACUCUCGACGUCGUUCAAUAUCUCUUUUGGGCAGCGUUCUCGGGUCUGCGUGCGCUCGCGCUGACCGGGAUGAACUGGUGGGUCGGUUCGAGCGCCUUCCUCUUCGCCUGCUGCAUGUUUGGAAUGUGCGUUUGGGAGUUGUGUCUUGGCGUCUCCGGGUCCAACCUGCCCAUCUUAGGGUGUGACGGCGGUCCAAAUGUGACGAAUGAACAGGGCCUCAUUGUCCUCUCUGUGCUAAACACCAUCCAAGUUCUACCAUUCAUCCCCGCUUUCUCCGCGCUCGACCAGGUUAUCGGCUAUUUUGUCGUCGUAGACCCAUUGACCGCCAUUCUGAUCUGCCGCCUCAUGCUCUCCCUGCAGUCCGCUCACCAACGCGCCCUCGACGGAGGUACUGCCGAACUCAGUACCCCGCUGGGUCAGACUGCGACGCUUCGAUUCGCGUCGGCCGUCGUAGGGUCCAUCGCGGAGCCAGCACAGGGCGUCAUGACGAGCGCCGACGCGGUGUCGCUCAACACCUUCCGGGACGGGGAUUGGGCUCGUGGAGAGCAUGACGCCCCGGAAGUAUGGGUCACGAAGCUGCAGUCUGACGCGAAGGGAGCUAGUCCGAAGACCCCGAAUCCGGUGUUGCGUCCUGACUCUCUGCUCGCAUAUGAAUAUGUCAUCACCUUUGACCAGGAAGUCACUCUGUUCUGGAAGCGCAAGAAGACAGGAGCCACCGUCUUGUUCCUCGCAAUUCGAUACUUAACACUGUUGAGCUACGAUUUCUUGGGCACUGCCACAUUCGCUCCCAUGUCCGAUCAGAAGGUGCAAUUUGUCGUGAGUCUCUGCCAGUACCCUUUCUGGGCCGCCUUCUCCGGUCUACGUGCACUCGCGUUGAGCCGCCUGAAUUGGCCGUUAGCCGUGGUAGUGUUUGUUCUGGCGCUCGCGCCUUUGGGCAUGAAUCUGUGGCCCAUGAUUCUUAACCAGAUAUCCGGGACGAACAUCCCCAUUCUUGGCUGCGGAGCUGACGGAAGCCUGACGACCCGGCAGGCCUUAAUCGGUAUAUCCGCUCAUUGCAUCAGUGUUAUCGUGUCGCGCGCGUCUCUCAUCGUGGCGGACAUGCUCGUGGUCAUCGUGACAUGGAUGUCAUGGCGAAAGGGAAUGAGCCACGCCGUGGCAGGAAUGGUCCCGACGCUGUCGAAUAUCCUGAUGUACAACGGAACCAUAUAUUUUCUGGUGGUCGUCAUCUGCAACGCCGUCCACCUCACUCUGACCGUCAUUUCCAUCACGACUCCGCUCACCCAAGUAAGCGAGGCGACGGCGCUGACAGAUCCCCUCACGGCGAUCCUCAUCUGCCGCUUCCUGCUCGCCCUCCAGCACGCGAACCGGGCGACGGUCGACGGGAACACAGUGAGCGCGUCAUACUUCGGCGGAGAAGACGCUGGCGGCCAGGACACGCUCCGGUUCGCGUCGGUCGUCAUCGGCUCGAUCGGCGAAUCACUCGAUGGGACGGACCGAGAGUCUCUAGAGGACGACGAUGCACUCGAGGGCGAUAGAGAACUCCCGGGGUCGGAGGAGACGAUCGAAAAAGACACACCUUCGGAAAUCGAGAUGUCGAUGCCAGACACCUUGGGCGGUUCGGAAGAGCGGGCGUGA